AUGCCUUCAGCCACAGCAUCCGGCUCCGAUGCCAAAGGCAAUGGCGCGCGGUCGCGUGAACAUAAUCAGGGCAACCAGGACCGCAAGUUCACGCCCGAGCAGAAAGAAGCUGUUUUGCGGAUCCGAAAAUGCAAACCCACUGCCUUUUACGAGAUCCUUUUAUGCGAGCGCACCGCCACAGAUAGCGAAAUCAAGAAGGCAUACAGGAAACAGAGUUUGUUGACACACCCGGAUAAGAACGGAUAUGAGGGUGCGGAUGAAGCAUUUAAAGUUGUCUCGCGCGCGUUCCAAGUCCUCUCGGAUGAAGAUAAGAGAAAAGCGUAUAACGUCAGUGGACAAGAUCCGGAUAGCAGAUUUAACCCCGGUCCUAGCGCCUCUGCUGGUGGUGGUCGCUCACCAUUUGGCGGCGGUGGAUUCGGAGGUGGUGGAUUCCCUCGAGGGGGAGGAUUCGACGGCGAGAUUUCUCCAGAGGACCUGUUCAAUCAGUUCUUCGGCGGUGGCGGCGCAUUUGGUGGCGGUGGGUUCGGAGGCCCCCAGUUUGUCUUCAACAUGGGUGGUGGUCCAAAUGUCCGCAUGCACCAGUUUGGGGGAGCUACGCCACGACGACGACCUCGCACAACUAAUUCGGGGCAGCCACAGCCUGCUCCUGAUGCAUGGUCUAUUCUUCGCCAAAUCAUGCCUCUCCUCAUUCUUUUCGUCCUUCCUCUCCUCUCGUCUCUUUUCUCCGGCUCUUCUCCCGCUGGCCCCUCCUACCGAUAUGAUACAGCCAAGCCGCCUCACACCAUGGGCCGCACAACUCCCAAGCUUAAUAUCAACUACUUUGUCAACCCACUAGAUGUGGAGGACUUAAGCCCUCGCAAACUCCGGCAAUUGGACCAGCGAGUGGAAGUGGAUUACGUAUCAGCGCUCCAGUAUGAAUGCAAUGGCGAGGUGAAUUUGCGAGACCGAAAGAUUCAAGAGGCGCAGGGUUGGUUUUUCCCCGAUGUGGACAAGAUGAAGGAGGCCCGGGCAAUGGAAUUAAAGAGCUGUCGCAAGCUGGAAUCCCUUAGGGGGAAAAUCUAA